AUGUCUAACUGGCCACCUACUAGUGCCUAUCCUGUUUUCGUAUCUACGGGUAGCCCUCCAGACAUUCUUUCUACGCCCACGGAAGGUCUCUUCGCCCUGGUACAGAAUUUAAUCCAACAAUUACAAGACCCUUCGCCUGUCUUGAAGGAAAAAUCGACAAUCAUUCUCCCGCAGGGUCUGUUCGCGAAUUUGACUGUUCCCUUUGCGGCAGUCUUGCUUGAAUAUCCUGUUGCAUACUGUCCUUCGGAAACGGUCGUCAGUCCCUUCCUUAGCAGCGCUACACUCGACAUAUACGAGGUUCGUUUGACAUUGCCAGAUCAAGGCGAUGUCACCUCUGGACGACGUAAAGCAUGGCCGUUUGUCAACGAUGAGGACCGACAUUAUCGCUCUGUCCUCAAAUUUUCAUGUCCCUCCGAUUUGGGUCGUUCUUGCCCUAAAUUGAAUCCACAGUCAAUACAGGAGAGUUUGCAAUCCUGUUUUGUUUCUCGGAUAGCCAACUCAUUGCUGUUGAUGUUGAGCACUCAUACAAUAUCUGUACAUCACACGAUUGAGACUUUAGACAGGGUAGCACUGUAA